GUUCGUGAAAAAGCAGAAACAAAAACGAGGGAGUUAAAAACGAAACUCUGAAACUCCACUUCAGUUCAUACUACCAAUACCACGAGACAAGUUUCACCCGGAAAAAACAUGGCCAAACUUCUUUUUACAAGCAAACAUCUCGGAUCCGCUUUCUCUCAUCUCAACCCCCAAAGCGCCGCCGUCGCGGCCGUCACCUCUCGCCGCCUCCUCUGCUCUUUCUCUCCUUCCGACUCACAAAACGACGUCGUUUCUUCCGUCUCUCCCAACCACAACCACCACCUCCCAUCUCUAGAGCCUUCAAACGACGCCGAUUCGAUCUCCGAAAUCCUCGUCCGCCACCACAACCCUUUCCACGCCAUGGAAUCCUCUCUCCAGCUCCACGGCCUUUCUCUCUCCUCUCACCUCCUCCACCAAACCCUCCUCCGCCUCAAACACUCUUCCAAGAUUGCCCUCGCCUUUUUCCAGUAUUCCAAGUCUCUCCCUCUCCCUCCCCUCACUACCACGUCGUAUAAUAUCCUCAUCGACGUCCUCGCCAAGGUCCGCCAAUUCGACGUCGUUUGGCAGCUGAUUGUGGAAAUGGACCGGUCGACCGGAGUGAAACCCGAUUCCGACACGUUCCUCAUCCUCAUUCGCCGCCUGAUCGCCGCCGGUUUGACCCGUCAGGCCGUCCGGGCGUUCGACGAUGUCGAGGCCUUUGUCGGGACAAGACCGACGUCGGAGGAUUUCCUUUUCUUGCUCGACACGUUAUGUAAGUACGGAUAUGUGAGACAGGCCGUUGAGGUUUUCAACAAGAGGAGAAAUGGGUUUGUUGUGGAUGUGAAGAUAUACACUGCUUUGAUGUGCGGGUGGUGCAAGAUCGGGCGGGUUGAGACGGCGAAGAAAUUUUUGAACGAGAUGGUGGAGAGAGGAAUCGAGCCCAAUGUCGUUACGUACAAUGUUUUGUUGAAUGGGGUUUGCAGGAAGGCGAGUUUGCACCCGGAGGAGAGGUUCGAGAAGACAAUAAGGAAUGCGGAGAAGGUGUUUGAUGAAAUGCGUGAGAGAGGGAUUGAGCCCGACGCAACGACUUUUUCGAUCGUGCUUCAUGUUUAUAGCCGGGCUCAUAAGCCCGACAUGUCGGUUGAGAAGCUGAGGGAGAUGAGGGAGAAGGGGGUGUCGCCGACAGUGGCGACGUACACGUCGGUCGUCAAGUGUUUGUGUUCAUGUGGGCGGCUUGAGGAUGCGGAGGAAUUGCUUGAUCAGAUGGUUAGAGACGGGAUUAGUCCUUGUGUGGAGACUUAUAACUGUUUCUUUAAGGAGUAUAGAGGAAGAAAAGAUGUGGACGGUGCUUUGAAGUUGUAUAGGAAGAUGAAGGAUGAAGGUUCGUGCAUGCUUGGCAUGCACACGUACCACAUAUUGCUUGGGAUGUUCUUGAAGCAGAAUCGUUUGGAGAUUGCGAGAGAAAUUUGGGAUGACAUGAAGGAGAGUGGAAGCGGGUUGGAUUUGGAUUCGUAUACGAUGAUGGUUCACGGGUUGUGCGAGAAAGAGAAGUGGAGAGAGGCUUGUCAAUUCUUUGUGGAGAUGAUAGAGAAGGGAUUUCUUCCUCAGACGGUCACUUUCGAGACCCUCUAUAGAGGGCUAAUACAGUCUGAUAAGUUGAGGACUUGGAGGAGGUUGAAGAAGAGACUGGAUCAGGAGUCUAUUACUUUUGGUUUAGAGUUCCAAAGUUACGAACUUAACCCUUACAAGAGAUAGAUAGUAAGGAAUUAAGAAAGAGUUAAAAGUGUACACAUUUUUUUGAAGUGCAAAGCAACCUGUG